UUUUGACACAUGGGAAGAAGUCUCUCUUUUUUUAAUUAUUAUCCAUAACUUUUUUGGGAGAUAAAUAAAAAAUUUAGUAAAUUUAAUUAAGCCGCCCUGGACUGAAAAUUAAUUCGUAUCUGGUCAAAGCAAUAAAUAAAUAAUUAAUUUAUAAAACAUUUCAUAUUUGAGCCGAUUAUUUUUAGAUGCCAUUAAUCAAAUAAAAGAGCAGAGAAAUAAACGGAGAGAGUCUCAAGAGAAAGAGAUCAGAUCCUCCUUCCAAGCACACCAGAAAGUGAUUGAUUUGCUGGAUUUUUAUGUGAAUAAGUGCUGUGAGCUAGAAAGAGCAGAAGAGAGAUGGGGAUGACUUUUACGAAGCUCUUUAGCCGGCUUUUUGCCAAGAAGGAGAUGCGUAUUUUGAUGGUGGGUCUUGAUGCUGCUGGUAAAACCACUAUUCUGUACAAGCUCAAGCUCGGUGAAAUCGUCACCACAAUCCCAACCAUCGGGUUCAAUGUUGAGACAGUGGAAUACAAGAAUAUCAGCUUCACCGUUUGGGAUGUUGGGGGUCAGGACAAGAUCCGUCCUCUGUGGAGGCACUAUUUUCAGAACACUCAGGGUCUCAUUUUCGUGGUGGAUAGCAAUGACAGGGACCGUGUUGUUGAGGCAAGGGAUGAGUUGCACAGGAUGCUGAAUGAGGAUGAAUUGAGAGAUGCUGUUUUGCUUGUAUUUGCCAACAAACAAGAUCUUCCCAAUGCAAUGAAUGCUGCUGAAAUAACUGAUAAGCUUGGACUUCAUUCUCUCCGCCAGCGCCACUGGUAUAUCCAGAGUACAUGUGCAACUUCUGGAGAGGGCCUUUAUGAGGGGCUUGAUUGGCUUUCCAACAACAUUGCUAGCAAGGCAAGUGCAUAAACCUCAAAAUGCAUGAGCGAGGCUCAGGGUUUUGGUUGUUAGUUAGGCUCGUUGGAAUUCUGGCAACUCUGGAGAGGAUGGCUUCCCCUUUGUCCUGGAACUUUUGUAACGACAGAAUGUUUACUAGAUAUAAUAUGUGCUUUGUUUAACCUCGGCUUUAGCAAAUACUUGUAGUUGUAAACAACACUUUAUUACUCCAGCCUUUGGGAAUCGGAUUUGUUGUUUAGUACUGUUUGGGUCGAUUUCUUUAGUUCAUAUCGACUAGUAUCUGAUUUGGUAUUCGUUGGUUA